CUGCGCCCUGAGCGUGCCGGCGUGUCUAAACUCUACCCUGCCCCAGCCCUCACCUGCUGCGUGAGUGUUCCUUGGCCGCUAAGGAAGGUUUUGCUGGCGGAGCGGGCACGGAGCAGCCAUGGGGCUGGGCCCGCGCUCCUGCCACCCGGCGGGGCGAGGGUUCCCAGCUGGCGGCAAACGAGGACGCGGAGCCAAGGGUUCGGGGCGCCCCGCAUCAAGCCGCCAGCAACCUUGCCCGCCUCCGGAGGGGCGCUCGGAGCCAGCUACAGAUGCCCACCCUCACCUGAGCUCCGAAGCUCUAGGAUAUUUCCGUCGGGCGCUCUCCGCGCUGAAAGAGGCCCCCGAGGCAGGAGAAGAACGAGAGCUGAUGGUGCACAAUGUUUUGAAAGAAGUGGAGGCUCAGGCCCUGGCCCUGGCUACAAACAGGACUGGUAGUGAGAUGCUGCAGGAACUCUUAGGGUUCAGUCCCCUGAAACCGCUGUGUCGAGUAUGGGCUGUUCUGCGCCCCAACUUGCGCUUUGUGGCCUGCCAUCGAUGUGGGGUCCAUGUACUGCAAAGUGCUUUGCUGCAGCUGCCUCGAUUGCUAGGGAGCCCUGCAGAGGAGGAGGAGGAGGAGGAAGAGGAGGAGAAUGGGAAGGAUGAUUCUUUGGAGACCGUGGAGGAGUUGGUCCUGGGACUAGCUGCUGAGGUGUGUGAUGAUUUUCUUUUCUACUGUGGAGACACACAUGGCAGCUUCGUGGUCAGAACUUUGCUGCAGGUAUUGGGAGGCACUCUUCUGGAUUCUGAGAGAGCCAGGCAUCGAGGUUCCCAGUCACCUGAGGCCCAAAGGGCCCCAUCUCGGGAAUGUAAGCCAACUGAUUUCGAGGUCCCUGAAACCUUCUUGAAUUGCCUUCAGGACCUGAGCUCCUGCUUUGUGAAGGACAUUGCUGUGUUUAUCACUGACAAGAUCUCCAGCUUCUGCCUUCAAAUGGCCUUACAGAUUUUACACCGCAAGCUGCCUCAGUUUUGUGCCCACCUCUGUAGUGCUGUGAUUGGCUACCUGAGUAGCCGCAAUUCAUCAGCAGAUGGCAGCCCCCUACUGCUAUUUCUGCGUGAUCAGACAAGCUCCAGACUCCUGGAGCAGGUGCUGUUGGUGUCAGAGCCUGCGAGGCUUCAGAGUCUCUUUGAAGAUCACUUUCAAGGACACUUGCAGACCCUGGCUGCACAUCCUAUAGCCAACUUCCCUUUGCAGCGUUUUCUGGAUGCUAUCACCACCACUGAGUUGCUGUCCCCUGUGUUUGAGGAGCUGAGCCCUGCCCUGGAAGCCGUGCUGGCCCAGGGUCACCCAGGGGUGGUCAUUGCCCUGGUGGGCGCCUGCCGCAGAGUUGGGACCCACCAAGCCCAGGUCCUGCAGCUGUUGUUGGAGGCCUUCCACUGUGCAGAGCCCGCUUCCCGGCAAGUGGCCUGUGUGCCUCUCUUUGCUGCUUUGAUGGCUUAUGAGGUGUACUAUGGACUGGUGGAGGAGGAAGGGGCCGUGCCUGCGGAGCAUCAGGUAGAAAUGGCCACAGCCAGGGACCUGGGGGAAGUGACAGUCAUAGGGUCUCUACUGCUCCAGCAUUUGCUGCACUUCUCCAGUCCUAGUCUUGUGCUUCGGAGUCUGGGUGCCUUGACAGGACCACAGCUUCUGACUCUGGCCCAGAGCCCUGCUGGUUCCCAUGUGCUUGAUGCGGUCUUGGCCAGUCCUGCCGUGACGCGUAAGCAGCGCCGCCGUGUGCUGAAGACCCUAAAGGGACAAUAUGUGGCUCUGGCCUGUAGUCGCCAUGGUAGCCGUGUGCUAGAUGCCAUCUGGAAUGGAGCAGCCUUGGGGGCCCGGAAGGAAAUUGCUGCUGAACUGGGGGAGCGGAACCAGGAGCUGAUAAGAGACCCUUUUGGCCACCAUGUGGCUCGAAAUGUGGCCCUGACUACCUUCCUGAAGCGUCGAGAGGCUUGGGAACAGCAGCAGGGAGCAGUGGCCAAGCGGAGGCGGGCCUUGAGCUCCAUUCUUGAAGACUGAAGCCUCUGGAUCGAACUGGGUGUUGAUGGGGGAGGGGGGAAAGGAGUACCUAUCCUGUCUCAUUCCUAGUUUAAACCGGAGUCAAAAGUCUUACUGAUAAACACUUUUAUAUUUUUAUUGAAA